UCUCUCCCUUCUCUGCUGCUUUGCUCCCUCGCCAGCUCACGGAUCCAAGGCCUGGAUCCCCUAGGCAGUGUCGCCGGGUCAGGGGUCCAGGGCCUGGGGCCCGUGGGCAGCAUCCCGCACUGCCGGCCCCGCCUGCAGUAUGCAAAUUAGCCGCCAUCUUUGUUGGUGGCUAAUUUGCAUAUCAUGCUGAUUAGCCAAUGGGAGGCGUAGCAAAGGUAUGGUCAAUUACCAUGUUUGUCUAUUAUUAGAUAGGAUAGACAGGGAAGAAAGGCUGCAUGCAAGCGGGGAGAGGAAGGGGGAUGACUGCAGGGUCUGUGGUCCCUGUGUCUCCUUCCAGAAUCUUGAAGUCUGAUAACAAGCUAGUUAACUUACAAUGGUGUUAAAACCCAGCCUGCCAGCCAGGACCCAAGAAUAGUCAGCAUUCCUGAGGCAAACCCCCUGAGGGGGGUCAGAGCCUAGGCACAGCAACCAAAUCAAAGUGUCUCCUGUCCUGUGUUCUCAAAUGUAUUUUCUUUUCUGAGCAAUGGACUCUCCUAGCCCAAGGUGUCGCUUAUCUUUUUACAGCUGUUUUUCCUUCUUGCACCACAUCCUCCAGUUUCCCAGGGUGUGUAAGAUAACCUCUUAUCGGUAGUCAGUAAAGUGAAUAAUCAUUAAGCCACUGUGGGCCUGUUCUUAUUGUGUGCCCUUCCCCCCAUCACUCACACAGGGCUUCAGGAGCCUGCAAGCUCUGCCUCCGCUCACACCUUGGCUGUUCCCUUUCUGAACGCAUCCCUCCUCUUGGCUCAUCUCACUCCAGCCACACUGACGUCCUUGCACUUUCCCACGUAGGAGACACCAGGCAUGCUCCUGCCUCAGGGACUUGGCACUGUGCAUUCCCUUAGCAGGAGUGCUGUUUUCCCCGGAGACACAGGGCUCCCUGCUGACGAACAACAAAUGUCAGCUGCCAGCCCCUUAGUGAGAAUGUCUCCUUCCUUCUGUUCAAAAUUAAAACUGCCACCCCCUGCACCCUCAGUCUUCUCUUCCUACUGUCCUUCCCACAGAACAUGUAUUACCUUCUAACACGGUCUGUGUUUCAUUUUGUCUGUCUCCCCAGCUAGAACGUAAAAUCCGCUAGGACAGAUUUUUAUUCCCCGGUUGCUCUCCAAUGCCUAGGACCUGGGGCCAUACAGGUUUGUUGGAUUAAUAAAUUCAUAUAUGGGCCUGGUGCCUGGCUACGUGCUGGAGAUGUAAACAAGACUGUCCACCCUCCAGGAGCUCACAGUCAAACGGGGGAGGGGUAAAGACAAGUAAACAAUGCACAGAGGCUGGGGGAGGGGAAGUGGAGAGUGGUUCAUGGGAUUAGAGUUUCAAUUUUGCAAAAUGGAAAGGUUCUGGAGAUCCGUUACAUGACACUGUGAACGUACUUAACCCUACUAAAUGGCACCCUUGAGAAUGGUUAAGACGGUAAACACUCUUUUAUGUAUUUAUUUCACACAAGUACAAUAAAAUAAAAAUUUAAUUCCCCCAGGAGCAGUACCUGAGCCCCUGAGAGCAUAAAGGAACACCUAACCCAGUGGAGGACAGCCAGGGGCCUCCUGGGACAAGGCUGCAGGGAGCAAAGGCCUCAACAGCUCGUAGGGUUCAGCAUGUAGGGUGCUCCAGGCACAGGGAACAGCAUGGACACAGCAAGAGUGCACAGAGAACCAGUCCAGUCUGGCUGGAUCACGAAAUGACAGGGGAGAGGGAUGAGGCUGGAGAAGUGAUUGAGGCCAGGAGGCAAUGGGGAGUCACAAAAGGGUUUAAGCAGGACAGUGGUCUGGUCAGGGAAGGGCAGAGGCUGGGAGACCAUUUGGGAGGCCACUGAGAUGGCGGCCUCCACAGGAUCAGGGCAAUGGGAAUGCAGAGAGGGGUGGGGCUCCAGGGAUAUUUUCCACGUGGAAUGGCCAGGUUAUGGCAAUCACGGUCUUGGCUGACCCUCCUUUCCCUGGGAAGGGGCCAGGUCAUUCAAACCCUGACCUCCAGAGCGCCUGAAGAAGCAGUGCGGGCAGGGUGAGGGCAGCCUUGACAUCGCCUCCAUUCCUCCCUCCUUCCCAGUAGAUCAGUGGUUCUCAACCUUGGCUGCACAUUAGGAUCACCAGGGAAUCUUUUUAAAAUCCUGAUUUCUGGGCCUCAUCCUCCGGAAAUUCUGUUUCUUUGUUACUAAUGUUGUGGCCCCACCCCAUAACAAAGAACCAGAAUUUCCAGAGGAUGAGGCCCAGAAAUCAGGAUUUUAAAAAGAUGCCCAGGUGAUUCUAAUGUGCGGCCAAGGUUGAGAACCACUGCAGCAGAUGGAUCCAAAGGAAGGACGUUGGGAGCGCCUGGGCCUUGACGCAGGAGCCGAGCUCUGGGAGCAGAACCAGCCUCUAGGGAUCUCUGUUCUCACGACCUCAGGGGUCAAAACCAAGUAGGCGCAGUUAUCAGCUUUGGGAACCCGGAAGAUUCAGCUCAGACUGAUCCUGACAUUCUGAGGUCAGAGCCAAGCCUGUUAGGUAGGACGUCAGUCAUGAGCGGCUGGGUGGGGCCUGCCCUGGGGUCCUGACAGGGGUCAGACCAACAUGGCCUUCAGACCACCCCUCGAUGGGUGGCCCAGCAGCCAGCAGACCGCCCGCGGGCACGUCCGGAACCGGUAGGUCCAGAACCAGCCGGUUCUUGGUGCAAGCUCAGAGGAAAAGGUCAUGACCUCCAUGUGACCUUACUAGGGCCCUGGACUAAUUAUAAUAAAAUUUUCAAUGUAGUUUUGACCACCCCCUCCCACUCCCCACCCCUGGUGUGUUUGUCUGUAUGCGUAUGGGUAAGAGCAUGCGCAGAAGAGCUAUAGUUACAUCACCCUUUUCUGUCAACCAUCCCUGAAUGCAAGUGAAAGUCUCCACCCAGAAAAUUCCUCACGGAAACUAUAUAACCCAGGAGUUUGGGGCAUUGUCUCUCUUGACUGGCCUGCUUCUCACUCGCAGUGUAUCUUCAAUAAAUCCCACUUUGCUGUACUUUCAUUUUCGUUGACCUUAAAAUCUCUUCUGCUUCAAUGAGAAGAACCGAGGUCCCAGCCGGUAACCCCAACUGGUAACAUCUUUUUGGUGCCGCUACUCGGACUGCACGAACCACAGAAGCCCAGGAGCCAUGGGUGACUGGGGCUUCCUGGAGAAGUUGCUGGACCAGGUCCAGCAGCACUCCACUGUGGUGGGCAAGAUCUGGCUGACAGUGCUCUUCAUCUUCCGCAUCCUCAUCCUGGGCCUGGCCGGUGAGUCCGUGUGGGGUGACGAGCAGUCGGAUUUCCAGUGCAACACGGCCCAGCCGGGCUGCACCAACGUCUGCUACGACCAGGCCUUCCCCAUCUCCCACAUCCGCUACUGGGUGCUGCAGUUCCUCUUUGUCAGCACGCCCACGCUGAUCUACCUGGCCCACGUCAUUCACCUGUCUCGGCGUGAGGAGCGGCUGCGGCAGAAGGAGGAGGAGCUGCGGGCACUGCCGCACAAGGACCCCUGCGUGGAAAGGACGUUGGCAGCCAUAGAGCGUCAGAUGGCCAAGAUCUCAGUGGCCGAAGAUGGCCGCAUGCGGAUCCGAGGGGCGCUGAUGGGCACCUACGUGCUCAGUGUGAUCUGCAAGAGCAUCCUAGAGGCAGGCUUCCUGUACGGCCAGUGGCGUCUCUACGGCUGGACCAUGGCGCCCGUGUAUGUGUGCCACCGCGCACCCUGCCCCCACUCUGUGGACUGCUAUGUCUCUCGCCCCACCGAGAAGACGAUCUUUAUCAUCUUCAUGCAGGUGGUCGGAUUCAUCUCCCUGCUGCUCAACCUGCUGGAGCUGGUGCACCUGCUGUACCGCUACCUCACACGGAGACUAAAGGCCCAGCAGGGCCAGCAUGCCCCCCUCGCUCAGGGCACCACCCCGGAGCCCUACGCUAACCAGGUCUUCUACCUCCCCAUGGGCAAGGAGCCCUCAUCCGAGCCAUGCCCCGUCUACAGCGGGCUCUCAUCCAGUGAGCAGAACUGGGCCAACCUGACUACAGAGGAGAGGCUGGCUGCUUCUAGGCCACCCCCCUUCCUGGACCCGUACCCUCAGAGUAGCCAGAAAUAUCCCAGCAGCCAUGCUUCUAAGAAACAGUAUUUGUAGGAACCUGGGACUUAUGUCACCCAACAGCGCGGCCUGGGAAGUCUGGCUGCCUUGGGUGCCCCCUCCUUGAAGGCUCUGCAGAGAUGAGGAGGGCAGGGGAAGCGGGUGCUUGCUGGCUGUGGGGCCUCACCAUCAGUUGUUCUUGGACACCCGGGACCUUCCUGGUGACCAGACGACACCUCAUGGCUUCCCCUCCAGAACCUGGCUUUGCCGCAGGCACAGACAGAGCCAGCUCGGGGUGCUCUUGACCGAAGGCUUCGGCCCUCUGGCCUUUUUUUCACUUUGUUCAGAGGGGCCCGAAGCCAAGUUACUCCACCCCCACCGCCAUGGGAGUUUCUCCUCCACCCAGAUUGUCCUCACACCCUCUCCUCGCAGGAAGAGGCUGGACCAGGCUGCUGGGUAGGCCUGGAUUACACACACAGAGCCCUGUCAAGGAGGCCGGCGUCUUGUUCUCAUCACUCCUUCCUGGUUCCACUGUUUAUGCUUCUAAAAUAAACAGAACUUGAUCACAAGCUAGGUGUGUGUAUUGACGCUGUCGUGAUGUGCAUCAGGGUGGGAGCUGAGGGGUGGCCUUGCUCUCCCCAGGCUUUCUUUGCUUUUCUGUCCUGGAUAAUCCGUCUUUGGCCUCUGCAACCCCAACUCCAGCGAGCACCUUUCACUUUCCAACUCAUACACCCCGCCUCGCAGCAGCCCUGAGUCCUAAACAUUCUGCCUUUUGAAAUGCCUCAGGCACCAUCCUCUUUCAUCCUCUGCCUCAGCCCCUCAAGCCAAAGCAGUGUCUGUCCUCAGCCUGCCCCGUGGCCAUGGAGUGCCCCAGCCACUCCACCUCCUGCCGUGUGCUUCCCCCUGGACACACACACCCUGCUCCCAACGCUGCUGGCCAGCUGAGCCCUUCACAGUCCAGCUCAAAUGCACCCCAUCCCACCUCAUCCUGGGCCCCUUGGUAUUCGAGGAGGCGGGUUUAGAUCACUUGCCCCUCCAACCGUGGCCCUUUCUACCCACCAGAAGGAGCAACUCAAACCUGCAUCAUGUCUCCCACCGCCUAAAACUCACUUAGAACAGACAAUGGCAACAGAGAAAGGUGGGAGGGAUGGUGGAGGAGCUGAGUCUUGCCUCUAAGUCACAAACGUUGCAGGAGAAAAUGAACAAUUGAACUGGAUCUUGACGGGUGAAUAGGAGUUCGCUGAGGAGGAGAAAACACUGAGUAUUCAGGCAGAGAAAAAAGUUCGUGCAAAG